UAAUUAUCAUCCACCCACCAUGGCUCCUAUGCCGUGGUCAAUUCGUCAGGGACCGACCGUAUUCCCCAAACACAGGCGGGAUCGUCCUACCUAUGGAGACUGGCGAGAUGUUCACAAUACUGAGUCAUAUAUUGUGGAGGGAUGGGGCGAAGGCUUCAUGUUUGGUGCCUUGUUGAUGAUGGUUAUAAUUACGAUCGCCAACAUGAGAAGAGGGAUUCUUCUGCACAAGGUGAUUCUGUUGGAAUUACUCCUCGCGAUGAGUCAUGGCACCUUCUCCUUCAUGUCAUUCAAUGGCUACGGCUGGUAUCUCUCGUCGACGGCAGCGCUUCUCUACUGUUCAUAUUUCACCCACAAUGUAGUGGCGUGGAUGAAGAUCAAGCCUUUCUUCACUGGAGACCAUCCAUCGUUCAGUCCACGCUAUUGUACUGCAGUGCGCUGGAUCUAUUUGACAACACUUGCGAUGACAAUUCCAGUCCUCAUAUUUGAGAUCUUCAAUAAUUUCCGCUUUUUCAACAACUACAGUCGAUUGUAUCAGACCGUGCGGCCAUACGAACCACUGAUGAGAGACCCAUGGUGGAUAUUCAGUUGCCUGACCCUAUUCCACGUGAUUCGGAAAAGUUAUAGCUUGAAGUUCUUCAUGUUGAUACGGCGGUCUCCUCGCUUUGGUAUCAUGCUCAUCGCCAUUUUCUUGGCAAUAAUUUUCACGAUCGUGGACAUCUUGUCUUCGAUCAUACCAGGAUUAAGUGGAACAGAUGGAAUCAACCCAUAUUGGAAACUAGCGCUUGUCUUUAAGUGCCUUACGGAUAAUAUCUUGCUCGAUGACUUCAAGAGUGUCUUGCAACGUUUAGGCGACGCGAAAGAGGACGGAACCACAGCAAUGCUCCCGGACACGAUGACUAUGAAUCCAACCCAAAAGACAGGAUCAGCUGAUCACCAUGAGGAUGUUUUUGGUGGUGGAUCUUCAUCAAGAGAGGAAAGAGGACACCAGUCACUGGGCCAUUCUACUCCUAUGACAGAGUAUACCCAGCCCCCAGAAGAGUCUGGCGAUGAGUACAACACUCAGGGCAUAGCAAAGAACUCGAUAGGGAAGCUAGGGGUCAAGAUCCACAAGUUACCAAGGCUGCCUUCUUAAACAACAUGAGAGUUUGGUUCGAUCAUGGACGUACAUGAGGCCGCAAGCGUUAAUAUCUGAUCAGGUGUUCUACGUGAGCCUCGGCAUCCUUCGGAGGUAGCUUCUCCUGUAAUUUGCGAGGUGCUUUCCAGAGCAGGAAACGGAGUGAGAAGAAUGCUGCUUGGAAUACUGUUUUGUGGGAUACUUCUACCUUGGGCUCUUCUGUAACGAACAGCUCGCAAGACCCAUGUCCCGCCUUGGAAAAUGCAGCUGCAACUGAAGCGAAGUGUGAUAAAUGUAACGCAAAUAAUAGAGACUUUUCGCCUAUCCCUACC